AUGGUGAUCUCAACUUUAUUUUAUAGAUACACUGAUUGGCAAGACUUCAAGCGAGGCAUAAAAGUAAUGAAACAAAAACACAUUAGAAAUCCUUUGGGUUUCUAUUUCCAGGCAAACAUUCACGGGUGGGAUGAGUACGACGGCUCCGAAACAGCCAACUAUAUCGCCGACCAUUUCAAUUGGCAUAAGUGUACUCACGAACAGUACUUCUUCCUGGUGUGGCACCGGAUGUAUCUAUACUUCUUCGAGAGAAUUCUACGCAAAGCAUCGGGUAAUCCCAACCUAACUGUCCCCUAUUGGGACUACUCUGACCCCAGGGCACGGGAAAUACCGCAACCCUUUCGGAUUCCGGCCAAUGAUGUCACGAACCCGUUGUAUACGAGUCACAGAUGUAGGCAUAUAAAUGAAGGCAAACCACUGAACGCCGAGAUCACAGACCCCUACCCGUCCCUAAAUAGUAGAUUCUUUACCGCAAACAAAAGUAAUGUAUUGAAUGUUUGCCACUCUAUUGGCGGCGGAAGGCUUGAGACUCCGGUAUUUCUGUCGGACAGGGAGGGACUGCUGGAAAGGUUGCCUCACGACCGCAUUCACGUAUACGUUGGCGGGCCGGGAGGUUUUAUGGCUGAUCUAUGUAACGCGGCUAAGGAUCCUGUGUUUUGGAUACACCACUGUAUGAUCGAUAGGAUAUGGGAGUCGUGGCUACAGAAUGGCGGACAGAAUAUAAGGGAAGCCCAGUAUCUGAACACUAGUUUCAAGUUUUACAAUGAAAACGGAGAUUUAGGCAAUUAUUAUGUGAAAGAUUUCCUGAAUAUGUCUCGACUCGGGUACAGAUAUGACUCGCUAUUGAACAAUACAGACCGCAUAUGGGAGUCGUGGAUAGCGGCCGGGGGUGCGAACAUCAUCGAUGACCAGUACCUGAACACCACUUUUAACUUCUUCGACGAGACGGGACAGUUGGGUGCCUACAGAGUGGGCGACUUUUUAAGCGCCAAAGCGCUCGGCUAUCGAUACGAUUAUCUAAUCAAAUCAGCGCCGGUAGAGGUGACCCAUAACGAGGCGCCGAAGCUAUACGUGCCGAUCGACGAGAAGGAAGGGCUGAAUAUUAAUUAUUACAAACGAUUCAUAACACUAACGAUGAAACCCCAGUGGAGUGUCUUCUUCGAGAAGUACGUGACCGGAGAGUUCGAUGGACUCGACAUCCGAUUCACACUUCAGUUUGAUUUG